AUGCAUCCUCAAUUCACUAAUAUUAACUUAUGUAUUAAUCCUUUAAUCACAGAAACUCCAUCAACCAAUUUAAAUUUAAAAAACCAACCAAACGUUUUAUUUGAUAUUCCAUCAGUAAACCAAACCAAAGAAUUUAAUUCAACCAUUAAUUCAAUUACUUCACCAAAUGAAACUUUUAAAUCAACCGCCAAUAUUCAUUUUUUUACAAGACCAAAUAAAAAUUUUAGUUCACCUUCAACAAAAACCAAAAAAUUUCCAACCAAUUCAAGUAAUCAAUCCUUAGAUGAUUUAAUUAAAUUAGAAAAAUCAACCCCAACUCAAUUCGUUUCAUUACACAGAAUUGAAGCAUUAAAUAAAACAAAAUCAAUCUCAGAAUCAACUGAAGAAGAACCAAUUAGUCUUAAUUUCCCGAUUUACCAUCAAUUAGAUAACCUCAUCAAUUUUGAAUAUAAAUUUUAUCACGAAUUUUUUAGAACUUCACAUGAAGCAACAGCAUUGUUACAACCAACUAAAACUGAAAACACAAAAGAUACUGAAUCUGAUGUUAAAAACAUUACUGAAAAUUCACAUGAAACAAGAGCAUUAUCACAACUAACUGAAACUGGAAACACAAAAAAUACUAAAUCUGAUAAUAUCACUAAUAUUUCCCAAAAAUCAUCAGCAUUAUCUCAACCAACUAAAGUUGAAAACACAAAACAUACAGAAUCUGAUGAUAAAAACAUCACAAACAUUUCACAAGUAUCAACAACAUUAUCACUACCAACCAAAGUUGAAACCUCAAAAGAGACUGAAUCUGAUGAUAAAACCAUCACUAACAUUUCACAAGUAUCAUCAGCAGUAUUACAACCAACUGAAGCUGGAAACACAAAAGAUACUAAAUUUGAAAAUAUCACUGACAUUUCCCAAGAAUUAUCAGCACAACCAACUAAAGUUGAAAACUCAAAACAUACUGAUGAUAAAAACAUCACUAACAUUCCACAUGAAUCAACAACAUUAUCACAACCAAUUGAAACUGGAAAUACAAAAAAUACUGAAAUUGAUGAUAUCCCAGAAACUUUACAUUUUCAAACAGAAAAUCAAUUAAGUCAUAAUUCAAGUGAAUCCAAAGAAUGCAAUAAUACUAAUGGAUUGAAAUCAAUUUUAAGAAACAAAUGCAAUGAAAACUAUGACAUUGAAAUUAUUGAUGCUAAUAAACAAGAUUUUAUACCAAUUGAAAAAUUCGUUCAUGAUCUUAAUUCAAAAGCUUUGUUUUCAAGAGAUAAAGAAAAUAUACCAUUUUUUAAUAAUGAAAGAAAAAAACAAUUAUUAUUUUACAAUGAAUUUAGUAAAAUUGAUGAUAAAACAUCUAAAACUUCACUCCCAAAUGAUCUUAAAAACAGAAAAACAGUUAGAUUUGGAUUAUUUAAUGAAUUAAUUGAUGCAAAUGAUAAUUUUAUUAGUUUAGAUUUGAAAGACUCAGAAUCAGGACGUGAUGGUAACAAUUUUAAUAAAACUUACAAGAAUUGCUUAGAAACUAGAAGUGGAAGAAGUACUUCUAAAUAUGCUGAUUCAAUUGUUCCACACCCAAACAAUUUUAAACCAUCAUCAAAAAGAUCUUUGAAUCUUGAAGGUGCAACAGUUAUUAUCAGUGAUGAUGAAUGCGGUACGGAUGUUGCGGUACGGAUGUUGCGGUACGGAUGUUGCGGUACGGAUGUUGCGGUACGGAUGUUGCG